UGUGCCGGAACUCCUCACAGAUCGAGGCUGGAAGCCAGCGGGCGCUCUGGUUUCUUGUGAGCUCUGAGGCGAGUAGAGGUUUGAGCGUCUGGUGGCGUUCAAGCUGUCGUCGCUAGACUUCUGCCUUGGUCGCCUCUAAUCUCGGCCCUGGAGAUGGCGACGUACACCUGCAUUACCUGCCGGGUGGCGUUCGACGACGCGGAGGUGCAACGGGCCCACUACAAGACGGACUGGCACCGCUACAACCUGAAGCGCAAAGUGGCCGACAUGGCUCCGGUCACCGCCGAGGGUUUCCAGGAGCGGGUGCGGGCGCAGCGGGCCGUGGCGGAGCAGGAGAGCAAGGGCACGGCCACCUACUGCACCGUCUGCAGUAAGAAGUUUGCCUCUUUCAACGCCUACGAGAACCACCUCAAGUCCCGGCGGCACGUGGAGCUGGAGAAGAAGGCCGUGCGGGCCGUGAACCGCAAAGUGGAGAUGAUGAACGAAAAGAACCUGGAGAAAGGCCUGGGCGUGGACAGCGUGGACAAGGAUGCCAUGAACGCGGCCAUCCAGCAGGCCAUCAAGGCUCAGCCGUCCAUGUCUCCCAAGAAGGCCCCCGCAGCGCCGGAGGAGGAGCCCAGGAGUCCCGUGGCGGUGGCUGAUGGAGGACGUGCGCCUCACGACCGGGACCCGGCCGAGAAACCUCCCCGGCUCCAGUGGUUUGAACAGCAGGCCAAGAAGUUGGCAAAGCAGCAGGAGGAGGAGGAGAGUGAGGAGGAGGAGGACCUCGACGAAGAAGAUUGGGAAGAUAUCGAUUCUGAUGAGGAGUCGGAAUGUGAGGAUGCUGAACCAAUGGACGAGGCGGAGGAGGGGGAGGCUGGGGGAGGCCCCCUCAGCGGUGCUAUCCCCAUAACAGACUGCUUAUUUUGCCCCCAUCAUUCAAGCUGCCUCAUGAAGAAUGUGGCUCAUAUGACCAAAGUCCACAGCUUCUUUAUUCCCGACAUAGAAUAUCUUUCUGAUCUUAAGGGACUGAUUAAAUACUUGGGAGAGAAAGUUGGCGUUGGGAAGAUUUGCUUGUGGUGCAAUGAGAAAGGGAAAUCCUUCUACUCCACGGAAGCUGUACAGGCACACAUGAAUGACAAAAGCCACUGUAAGCUCUUCACGGACGGUGAUGCUGCUUUGGAAUUUGCAGACUUCUAUGAUUUUAGGAGUAGCUACCCAGAUUACACGGAAGGGGGGCAGCCUGAUGGGACUGAGGACUUACCCUCCGAAAAGACAUUAGAAUAUGAUGAUGAAACCAUGGAGCUGAUUCUGCCUUCUGGUGCCAGAGUGGGUCAUCGCUCCUUGAUGAGAUACUACAAACAGCGAUUUGGCUUGUCAAGAACCGUGGCUGUUGCUAAGAAUCAGAAGGCCGUGGGCCGGAUACUCCAGCAGUACAGAGCCCUGGGGUGGACCGGCAACACAGCCACAGGAGCUGCUCUGAUGCGUGAGCGAGACAUGCAAUAUGUCCAAAGGAUGAAGUCAAAGUGGAUGCUGAAGACAGGAAUGAAGAACAAUGCCACCAAGCAGAUGCACUUCAGGCCCCAAGUGAGGUUCUGAGUGUCUGCCCAAGGACUGGGUGGUCUGUCCCUUGCACAGGUGUCCUUGCCCGAGGGCCAGGGGAACCGGAUUGUGUGACACCCCUGUUUGCUGCUACUUCUCCCUGUACUUGAUCCGUUCUGACCUGGUAAUAAAAGUCAGAAUCUCA